CCUCUCGACCAGAAGCUCACUCUCUGUUUACCCCCAAUUUCUCAGAUAUCGUAUCUUAUAACACUUAUUCAGCAGUCUGAAGGGUUUUCCUGAGAACAUACAACCGCAAUAAGAAAGAGAACAUGUCGGGUCUUACGUUACCUAGCGCGCCAGGCGCUCAGCUGUUCAAGUCUGGAUACCAAACCUACCAGAGCGAGGACGGCGCAAUCAGCCGGAAUAUCGAUGCCUGCCGCGAGAUCGCGUCGAUUGUUCGUACCUCGAUCGGUCCUUGUGGACGGAACAAGAUUGUGAUUAAUCAUCUGCAAAAGGUGUUUUUGACCAGUGAUGCGGCCACAAUCCUAAGAGAGCUUGAAGUCAUUCAUCCCGCGGCUAAGCUUAUGGUCAUGGCCAGUCAGCAGCAGGAAUCUGAGAUGGGAGAUGCCACAAAUCUUGUCAUCAUCCUGGCUGGCGAGCUUUUGAACCAGGCAGAGAGCUUGAUCCGUAUCGGACUUCAUCCUGCCGAUAUUAUCCAGGGAUACGAGCUGGCAGAGAAGUUUGCUCAGACCUCUUUGGAUGAACUUGUGGUUGACAAGGUCGGUGAUUUACAUGACCAGAAGGAGCUAUUCAAGGCAAUCCGCCCUGCCAUCAUGUCGAAGCAAUACGGCUCUGAGGAUUUCCUUGCCGACCUUGUAUCCGAGGCCGUGCUCUCUGUUAUGCCCAAGAACCCCAAGGCGUUCAACGUCGACAACGUCCGGGUCGUGAAGAUCAUGGGAUCGAGUCUGUCGGCGAGCAGGGUCGUCAAGGGUAUGGUCUUCAACCGCGAGCCCGAGGGAUCGAUCAAGAAGAUCACCUCUACUGCCAGAGUUGGUGUGUUCACGUGCCCUAUUGAUAUCAGCCAGACGGAGACCAAAGGAACUGUUUUGCUUCACAAUGCAAAGGAGAUGCUCAAUUUCACAAAGGAUGAGGAGGCUCAUCUUGAGGCUGACAUCAAAGCGAUUGCCGACAGCGGAGUCCGAGUUCUUGUAGCCGGCGCCGCUAUUGGCGAGCUGGCGCUCAACUACCUGAACCGAUACGGCAUUCUGGCGCUGCGCGUGCCGAGCAAGUUUGACCUGCGCCGACUGUGCCGGGUUGUUGGCGCGACGCCGUUGCCGCGAUUUGGCGCGCCGAUGCCGGAGGAGAUGGGCAAGAUUGAUGUUGUGGAGACGAUUGAGAUUGGUGGUGAUCGAGUUACUGUUGUCAGACAAGAGAACGAGAUCACGCGUACGUCGACGAUUGUGAUUCGUGGCGCGACGCAAGGACUUCUAGACGACGUCGAGCGCGCGAUCGACGACGGCGUCAACAUCAUCAAGUCGCUCGCAAAGGACGGCCGCCUGCUUCCGGGCGCGGGCGCGACGGAGAUCGAGCUCGUGCAGCGGAUUGGCGCGUACGGCGAGAAGACGCCGGGAAUUCUGCAGCACGCGAUUAAGAAGUACGGCGAGGCGUUUGAGAUUGUGCCGAGGAUAUUGGCGGAUAACGCUGGUUUGGACGCGACGGAGUUGCUUGGUCGGUUAUACGUCGCGCACGGCAGCAGCAGCAGCAGCAGUAGUAGUAAGAAGGAAGGUGAAGAGGUGUCGGGUGUGUCUGUCGGCGUUGAUAUGGACGAGAACGACGCGAGCGGUGUGCUUGACGCGGCCGCGAACGGGAUCUACGACGCGCUGGCGGCGAAGAGCUGGGCGCUCAAGCUGGCGACUGAUACUGUCAACACGAUCUUGUCUGUCGAUCAGAUUGUGAUGGCGAAGCGCGCCGGUGGACCGGUGAUGCCGAAGACGCAGAUGCCAGGAAACUGGGAUGCGGAUGACGACUAAGCUGCGAUGGUGCGUUUGAGUGUGUGUUUCUCUGUAUAUGUAGUUCAGAAUGUUUUACUGUUGUUGUAAAUAAAACAAGAAUGUACGUCUUUCCUAUAGUUGAUGAU